AUGGGCUUUGGUAGAGUUCUCUGCUUUCUGAUAAUCUUCCUGUGCGGCACUACCUCUGUUUCUACAGGUUCGGGUUUCUCGAGAAUCGCAACGACGACCACACAUGAGCAGGCCAAAUUCAACUUUCGCGGCGGUCGGAAGGACAUCAUGGCUCCAAUCACCACAGUCCCGAGUACCAAUCCAGCUGUUCCAAUCCUUAACCCGGAUUCACAGCCGGAUUCCACGGCCCCGGCCACCAUGGGUGGUCCGACGAUAACUCCGGCUGCUGGGGCGGCGACAACCGCGUCUCCGCCGGGAGCGAGCUGGUGCGUGGCGAGCCAGAGCGCGUCGUCUACGGCUCUGCAGGUGGCUUUGGAUUACGCGUGCGGGUACGGCGGCGCUGAUUGCUCCGGGAUCCAGCCGGCGGGGAGCUGCUACAAACCCAAUACGCUGAGGGACCAUGCUUCCUAUGCAUUCAACAGUUAUUACCAGAAGAAUCCUUUGCCCACCAGCUGUAAUUUUGGAGGCACCGCUGUUGUUACCAGCACCAAUCCAAGCACGGGGACAUGCCAACUUCCCUCAACUAGCACAAGCUCGUCGAUACUCAACACCACGAACUCAAAUGGUGCAACAAUUUUCGGUGCAACGCCUUCUGGUCCUUCUUCCCCGUUCUCAUCAUCAUCAUCAUCACCUGGUCCUUCUGCUCGCCCUGCUGCUUCAAAUCAGCGUCUCAUCAUCGUUCUCUGUUCCAUGGCAACCCUUUUGAUCUGUAUUUUAGACCAACAGUUACAAUGUUUGAUUUGUAGCUCUGUAUUGAGUAACACACGAGGAAGGGUAAAGUGA